AUGUGGGAGGCGGUGGACGGGGCCGCGCGGGAGGUGUUGUGGCAGACCUACAUCUGCAAGGACGACGAGGUGGGGAGCCGGACCCUGCGCCGGAUGGUGACCGCCCGGCUGCGGAACUGCCGGGUGGAGCUCUUGUACGACAGCGGGGGCAACAUCUCAGGGCGGACGCGGUUGACCGAGGAGUUGAAGAACUGCGGAGGGAGUGUCAUCGCGUAUCGCCCCUUUUUUUCUAGUGCGCUGAAAUAUUUUCUUCAAGGGUUGGAUUGGCGAAAGAGCCCUGGACUGCGAAACCACCGCAAAAUACUUUUAGUUGAUAACGAAAUUGGCUUCUGCGGCGGUCUCAACAUUGGGAAUGAGUACUGCGGUCUUCGUUUAGGUGGAAAUAACAAGUUUCGUGAUGCACACUGCGCUGUGUAUGGCCCCGUCGUGGCGCAUCUGCGUGAGGUUUACGACGACACUAAGGCACCGCAGACAUGGAAGUACGGUUGGGCACGGUGGCGUCAAAUUGCCUCUAACAAGCUUAAUCGCCGUAUUGAGGUUGGCAAAAAUGCAGUCGAGACAGGCAUUCUGCGGCCCAUCCAGGAUGGAACCCGCAAAGCGACCGAAAGAGGGGGCAUAUAUUUCCGUCAACAGGUCCAUAAAGCUGAGCGAAGUACCGAACGCAUGCUGCGACGUAUUCGAUGGGAAAAGCAGUGGGAGAAGAUCAGCAAAUGGGUGACGUGGUAUAACAAGAGAGUGUCGACGCUGCUGAAUCGCAUGUCUGAUACAACGAUUCCGGAAUCACCUCAAAAGUACGAGGGUAGCUCAGGAGCACAUGAAACACAAAGCAAGGCAGAAAGUUUAAGCAGUAGCAAACUAGAGGGGGUGCAGCCGGAUUUUAUCCUAAGUGAGAACUCGCGUGUUGACAUCGCAUCAGCGGGCUCGCCAUGUCCGAAGACCAAGUUUGAAAACCCUCGCGUCGUCAAUUGUAGUGGUGAGGCUGGCUUUCUGCCCGAUACCAAGGUAGUGGAUGAUACCAAUUCCGUCAAUGGUGUUAAAAGUACCCAGUCUGCUGCUAUGCAACGAAGGAUCGCCAAGGAACGUAUUCAGGCGCUCCACAAAGCCACCAAUAUCGCCCACAAACGAUCCUGGACUGGUAUGCUUCUCGACAUUCCCAUCGCAGACAACGAACCGGUCCCAGAGGCGGAGGGGUACAGCUCCCGUCAUCCUGCUGAAACACAGAUACUCUCGUGCAACCCACGCUACCACGACUAUUCCAUCCAGUACGCCUAUUGGCAGGUCUUGCGGAAGUGCCACCGACGCAUCUGGAUCACCACCCCGUAUUAUCUUCCGUCGCGAAAACUCUUUCGCGCCCUCCUCCAUACGGCCAGCCGCGGCGUCGAUGUUCGCAUCUUAGCCGGUAGCAGUCGGACCACCGAUCCGUGGUUUAUGUGGCACGCUUCAAGAUACGUUACGGAGCGUCUCAUUCGCGGUGGUGUGCGAAUAUACGAAUACAAAGGAAACCAAAUUAUGCAUGCCAAGACGGUGGUGGUAGACAGUGUGUGGUCCUCAAUCGGCAGCUACAAUUGGGAUAUCAUGAGCGAUAAGAACCUCGAGGUCUGCUUAUGCCACCUCGAUGCGAAAAUGGCACGUGAGAUGGAGACUCAUUUUCUUGAGGAUCUAAAGCUCAGCGAGGAGGUGAAGCUAGAGGACUACCAGAAGCGCUCAUUAUGGUUGCGUUUCACCUCAUUCUUUUUUUACAAUUUAGUCUACAUCUUACAACGCAUUGCAUUUUUUUCGUUUGCAGAUGACGAUCUUGAGGCUUCUUUGUACAGUUCGAAAAUCAAGUCCAAAAAAUUGCUUGGGAAAAAAGAUAACCUGAAAGGAGAAAUCUGA